AUGAGUCGAAAUGUGGAUAAGGCUAACUCUGUUCUUGUUCGGUUCCAGGAACUAGAGGCGGAGAAGUCCGGAGGGUAUAAGGAUUACUCGAGGUUCAAGAGGCCUACCAGAAUUAGGUCAAUUCAGGAUAGUCAGGAGGCCCAACAAUGGCGUCGCCAAGUAUUGCAGGAUAUGAACUCAAGGAUUACACGAAUGCAUGACCCAUCGUUGAAUGAAAUUCAACUUCGAGAGAUCAACGACGAGAUUAAUGAUCUGUUGCAUGAGAAAAAUCAGUGGGAGCGUCACAUAUAUCAUAACCUGAAGGGGCCCAACUUUUCUCGAGAUAGUAAAGCGGGCGUAACAGGAACUUUGUUGAAGGGGCGAAGGUAUUUCGGGAGAGCUCUGGAGUUGCCUGAAGUACGGGAGCUUUUAAAGCAAGACCGUGAGCACCGGACUAAGCUGCAAACUAAUCGCCAGCGCCAUCAAGUGCUACAAGACAAAGUACGAAAGUGGAAAAAGCAGCUGGGCCCGGCAUAUUAUGGGUUUUCGUCAGAUAUCCCCGGGUUACAAUUUCAGUUGCCCGAAGCCACUUCAAAUACUGACCCUGAAGUUUUACAUCAGAAACCCACGCGCUAUUCCACGUUCAUCGACCACGAGGAAGCGAAAACGUUAGAAUUACGCUCAGAGCUGGGAAGCCUCGAAGCCGUCUCUGCACCGAAGGUAAGCAUACCCGAAUUCAAAGAAUUGCCUGAUUUGAAGGAUAUGGAGAACUGGUUGGUAGAAAAGCGUAAGCUGCAGCUACAGAAGCAAUUAGAUUUGUGA